ACUCCGUAGGGUUGCAGAGAGUUGGACAUGACUGAGCACAGCACAGCAGUAUGUAUGGGUGGUGCCUCUGGAUCAGGAAUUACAGAAACUCUUCCCAAGAACAGCCUUGGUGCCAUCGGCUGUAAGCAUACUCAGAGAAAAGAAAGAGCAGCGGGAUAGGGUGAAAGAGGACGGAGGGUCAGAGGCCUAAUAAAGCCAAUAAAAAAAUGCAGGAGCUUUCCUUUACUUACGCAUUCUCAGGAUGUGAACGAAAGUGAGAAAUGAACAAAAGCUACUCACCAGAAUAAUGGUGUCUCUUUCUACCCUAACAAAGUCAGUGAUCAUGGGCGAUCAUUUCAGUUUUGGUUGAUUACUGUUGGUUGCUAGUAUGUACUAUAAUCUGUAAAUAUGUUGAUUGCUUGUCCCUAUUUUUGAAAUUAAAAAAAAAAUUUUAAAGAAUAAUAGCACUGUGGAAGUGCUGGUAAGAAAGAGCUUGUGACUGCAGUGGAAAAGAAAGUGAAACUUAAUAGAUAUGGUCACGUUGGUCAUUGAAACAGUGUUACUUUUGUAUUUAAGAAAAAAUGGAUUUUGGACUAGUCUUUUGGAAUCCAACCUUUUACAGAAAAAAAACAACUUUUUUUAAAAUCAGGAAACAUCCCUUGAUUCUGGUUAUCUGGUUAUUCUUACUGUGGUUCAUCAAAUUUAGAAUAUUGGUUUCCUCAUUAUCAAAAGUAGUAUAGUCAUUGUUUAUAAAGAAUAUACAUAGAGUUUAAACAUCUAUGAUAGAUUGUAAAAAUAUGAUAGAUUGAUGACAGAAAACAAUUAUCUGUCAUCAAUGUCUGUCUUUUAUUAUGGGCACAUAGAUUUGGUAAUUACAGAAGAAAUGUUAAAGACAGUGGUUACUUACCCAGGCAAGUUUUGCGCUAAUUAUUAUGGUGCCUGGCAAUUGCUUUGCAAGUAAUAGACACUGAAACAUGUAUUCAGUUGAAUUAGGGGGACAUAAUUUUCAAGUGUGAAACAGUAUACAGUUAGUGCUAAUUUUGUGGUAGGGGCAAUAAAUGUUGUAUUUUUGAAGGCCCGUGUGGGUCAAGUCACAGAGGUUGGGAGGUUGUGAAAGAAAUGGGCCUUGAGUUGAGCAUUUUGAAGGAUGGAGAACAUAGAAAUGGCUGCUGAGACGUGGGAGAGGAAUUCCAGGUGUAGAGGAUACUAUAAGUUGAGAAGGGAGGCAAGAAUGAAUGUGGUUUGUGUGAACAGCCUGGGAAGACAAGCCUAGUACAGAAGAACUAGAUGAGACCUUAAAGGAAAAUAUUGUAUGUAUGUUCUGUAUAUCUGUCUGUCAAAGUACUUUUCCCACCUCUAGACUUGGUGCAUUGGUCAAAAACUACCUGACUCAAGGAGGGGGGCGGGUACAUGUGUACACAGGUCUGAUUCAUGUUUACACAGCAUUGUAAAGCGAUUAUCCUCCAGUUAAAAAUUCAAACUGCCUGAAUAGUAGUGCUAAAACUACUUUCCCAGUGUUAGAGUUGAACUCAUUAUUAAAAGAAGUGUACCAGAUGAGUAUGGGAAACUGCUGGGUAAGAAGUUAAUGAGUAGAAAUAUCACCUGAAUUGAAUUGAGUUCUUAACAGUUAAAUGUUGUUUUUUUUUUUUUAAUUUUUAAUUUCCUGUUAGGGAAAUCAUAGUCAUCCAUGAUAACCCCUAGAAUCUGGAAUAUAUAGCAAACUGACUACUGAAAUUAGGAAAAUGAGUGUGUGAUUUAGCUAGUACACACUGGCUGGAUUUACCUUUUCAGGAAAGUGAUUCAUGAGAUCAGCUUCAUUCCUGAACUUGUCUCUUUAAAAUUAAAAUUGUAGAUGCUGUGUCAAAGAACUAGAUGUUAUCUAAUGUGAUUAUUUGUAUUUCUUUGUCUCUUUAUGUCAUAUAUGUGGCUAAAACCAUAUGAUGCAGUGCGUAACAAAAUUGUGAUCAACAUUUAAAUUAAAAUUUCCUUUGACUUUAGUUAGUAGUAGUAACUUAAAAAAAAAAAAGAGUUAAAUAGACAGAAGUCUUUGCAGGCACUUUGUAAAGCUUUUCUCCCUCCACUGUGAAAUUGUUUUCACUCUUAAGUUGCGCUUCUGUUUUUCUAUUGUAAAGUGCAGUUCUUUGCAUGUUCUAAUUUGCCAUGACGUGGUCAAGUGCUGUUUCCUUCCUGUUGCUUGCAAGCCUGUGCUAGAGAUAAGGGUACGUUUCAGUGCAUUAAAAAAGAAGCCACUGAAGACAGACUCCAGCAUGGUCAAGAAGUUCCAGAGAAGAAAAAUUUCAGAAAAAUUGCCUCAGUUUAAGUAAAAUCUCAGUGAAGCAAGAAAAUUUGAAGUACCUUCCUUAAAGAAAACCUGGGUAUACAGUAACUUCACAGGUCUAGCUUGGCUUAUUUACGCAAAUUGUUCACUGGUCUCUGCUGCCUGGUACUUGGACCUGUUUGGAAUUUUUCUCAUGUGGAUCUAAGGGGAAUGCUUUAUUAUGGCUGCUGUUGUCCAACAGAACGACCUAGUAUUUGAAUUUGCUAGUAACGUCAUGGAGGAUGAACAACAGCUUGGUGAUCCAGCUAUUUUCCCCGCCGUCAUUGUGGAGCACGUUCCUGGUGCUGAUAUUCUCAACAGCUACGCAGGUCUGGCCUGUGUGGAGGAGCCCAACGACAUGAUCACCGAGAGCUCCCUGGACGUCGCCGAGGAGGAGAUCAUCGACGAGGAUGAGGACGACAUCAGCCUCACAGUCGAAGCUUCCUGUCGUAACGGGGACGAAACAAUCGAGACCAUUGAGGCUGCUGAGGCACUCCUGAACAUGGACUCUCCCGGCCCCAUGCUGGGUGAGAAGCGCAUGAAUAAUAAUAUAUUUAGUUCCUCUGAAGAUGACAUUGUUGUUGCCCCAGUCACCCAUGUAUCCGUCACACUAGAUGGGAUUCCUGAAGUGAUGGAAACUCAGCACGUCCAAGAGACAUAUGCACACUCACCAGGACCCUCAUCACCAGAGCAACCUAAGAGAAAGAAAGGGAGAAAAACUAAACCAUCACGUCCAGAUUCCCCAGCCACUACACCAAACAUAUCUGUGAAGAAGAAAAACAAAGAUGGGAAGGGAAACACAAUUUAUCUUUGGGAGUUUUUACUGGCACUGCUCCAGGACAAAGCUACUUGUCCUAAAUACAUCAAAUGGACUCAGCGAGAAAAAGGCAUUUUUAAAUUGGUAGAUUCUAAAGCAGUAUCCAGGUUGUGGGGGAAACACAAAAACAAACCUGACAUGAAUUAUGAGACCAUGGGAAGAGCUCUCAGGUACUAUUACCAAAGGGGUAUUCUGGCAAAAGUAGAAGGUCAGCGCUUGGUGUAUCAGUUUAAGGAUAUGCCGAAAGACCUUAUUUAUAUAGAUGACGAGGAUCCAAGUUGCAGCAUAGAGUCUUCAGAUCCGUCACUGCCGUCAACAACCACUUCGAGUAGGAACCCAGCAAGUCGAUCGAAAGCAUCCUCAAGUCCAGGGAUGAAAGGAGGAACCACUACAGUUCUCAAACCAGGGAAUGCGAAAGCUGCAAAACCCAAAGAUGCCAUGGAAGCUGCGCAGCCGUCCGAGGCCCUGAGGACAGUACAGUCCACACAGACUCCGUACCCUACCCAGCUCUUCCGGACUAUUCACGUGGUGCAGCCGGCACAAGCUGUUCCGGAAGCAGGAGCAGCCAGCAGCAUGCCAGAGGAGACGAUAAAUCCUUCCGUUCCGAGUAUUAGGACCAUACAGACUCCAGCCCAAGUUCCAGUGGUGGUAUCUCCUGGGAAUCAGCAUUUGCACACGGUAACACUCCAGACAGUGCCGAUCACAACAGUGAUAGCCAGCGCAGACCCGUCGUCAGCUGCUGGAUCUCAGAAAUUCAUCUUACAAGCCAUCCCAUCCUCACAGCCCAUGACAGUCCUCAAAGAAAACGUGGUGCUGCAGCCUCAGAAGCCGGGCUCCCCGCCCUCCAUCGUCCUGAGUCCUGCCCACGUGCAGCAGGUCCUCACCAGCAGCAUCCCGACUGUCUGCAACGGAGCCGUCAGCGCGGCUUCGUCUCCGCCCUUCAGCGCCACCACGCCCAUGGCGACCUUUUCUCAGCACAGUUCACAGCUGGUUGCUCACCCACCUGGCACUGUAAUCACUUCAGUUAUCAAGGCUCAAGAGGCAAAGACUCACAUACAGGAAGAAGUGAAAAUGGAGGCUGGAGAGGCUGUGAAAGAAGGCGCGGAGCACCCCGAGCCGCAGCCACAGCCUUACGUGAUGGUGGUCUCCAAUGGGUUUCCUUCGCAGGUAGCUAUAAAAAACGAACUGCUGGAACCCAGCUCCUUCUGAGGAAUACGCCAAAGGAAUUACAGAUGGUUGUUGUUUAACUGAACAUUUUUGAUUGUCUGCAAACUAUUGAUUCUAAGAUAAAUCCUCCACACCGUUCCUCAUUUUGUAGUUACUUGUUAAAAGCUAGUAACAGUUAAUUUUGACUUUGGUAGAUGAGGGGGGAAAACCCAAAUGCUUCUGUUUGUCCUCCAGAAGUUUCAGAAUUCAGUUGUGAAGGAACAGGCGUUUUAUACUAUGAAGACAUUCUUUUGAGAUUUUUUUCAGUGGUUAUAUCAUAAGCAUUUUACAAGCACCAUUUUAAAUUUUAUAUUGCAUUAGCUUUUCUGAUUCUUUUGUAAACACAAUACUUAAAUGUAAGACAUCAGGAAAUUUAUAUAGGAGCUGUUUUCAUUCCACUGUAUCAAAGGUUAAGUCUUGACUCUCUGAAAUCCAAGACACCUAUUUUAUGCUUUGUUAAAAUUAUGAUUUCACUUAGAUUGACUUUAGUUUGUUGCACUGUAUGUUGAGCUAUGCCUAUGUAAAAUAUAACUUCAAAAAUUGAAAUGUCCCCAUGAUAGGGCUAAACCUGUUUCAGAAGCAGGAUAAUAGAAAAGCAUCAGCCUAAGAGUGGUUCUCCUGCUGACUAGCUCUGUAACCUUGGGCAAGCCACUUGAUCUUCUGGGCCUCCUAAGAGGAAUGGUGUAUUGGAUUAGACUCCAACUCCUAUCUAAUUCCUAUCUAGUUCUCCAAUUUCCCAUCUAGUUCUAAAUUUUAUGAUUCUAACUCCUAUCUUUUCUCAAUUUAUCAGAUUUAUCAAUUUAUCAAAGUUAGUAUCAAUUAAAACAUUAUCAGCUUAUCUCCUAAUGUAAAUAUAACUAAAAUACUACAGAAAAUUAAUGGCCCUACAAAAUUCAUUUUUCUAUUAUCUGUAAGACCUGCUAUGAACCUGAUUUCUUCCUAAAUUGUUUGUUCAUUAACUCUUUAGGCCCCUGUGCACUGUGAUCCACUAGUAAACUUACGUUGCUGAGUGCUAAAUGAUAUACUGCUAUUCUGAAAGAGUCAGGGCUCUUUAAGGGCCCAGAAAGCAACCAAGCCUUGGCUAAUCUGACUGAGUAGUCAGUUGCUAUAAAACUGUAGUUGCUUUAUAUUUUGGAUCUUUUUUUUAUUGGGAGUGGGGGAGGGGGAAUUACAUACAAAGAUAAUAUACAUUAUAUAUCCAUGUUUCUAGAUUACUUUUUAGAUUACUUUUUCAUCUGUAAAUAAUGUACAUUUAACUUCACAAGAAAAAUUGUUUCUUGCAAUUUUUUAGUAUAGCAAAAAGUAAUUUUUGUAGAUGAAAAAAUCAUUAUGUUUAGAGGUCUAAUGUUAUAUGUUUUCAUAUUACAGAGUGAAUUUGUAUUUAAACAAAAAUUUAAAUUUUGGAAUCCUCUAAACAUUUUUGUAUCUUUAAUUGGUUUAUUAUUAAAUAAAUCAUGUAAAAAUUCUGUGUU